AUGACAACCAGCAACGAUAGCUCCUCAACCCCAGUCUCGGCAGCAACAAAGCUGCGGCAACGCCUCAGCGAGACGAACGACCUGAUCCUCCUACCAGGCGUCUACGAUGGCUUCAGCGCCAGAAUCGCACUCGAAGUCGGCUUUGACGGUCUCUACAUGACCGGCGCAGGAACAUCAGCCUCAAAACUAGGCCUCCCAGACCUCGGCUUCGCAACCCUAGACGACAUGCGCUCCCACGCCGAAAUGCUCGCCAACCUAGACUCAUCCGUUCCCCUAGUAGCCGACGCAGACACAGGCUACGGUGGCCCCAACAUGGUCGCCCGCACCGUAACUCAGUACGCCCGAAGCGGCGUCGCGGGCCUCCACAUCGAAGACCAAGUCCAAACAAAACGCUGCGGCCACCUGACAGGCAAACAAGUCGUCGACACAGACGUCUUCGUCUUCCGCAUCAAAGCCGCCACCCUCGCGCGCCGCAAAAUCGGCUCCGACAUUGUCGUCAUCGCCCGCACCGACGCGAUUCAGACGCACGGCUUCGACGAGGCGCUGCGCCGGCUCCGGGCGGCCGUCGAGGCGGGCGCAGACGUCGCGUUCCUCGAGGGCGUGACGUCCGCGGAGGAGGCGAGGACGGCGUGUCAGGCUCUCGCGCCGACGCCGGUGCUGCUGAACAUGGUCGAGCACGGCGCGACGCCCUCGUGGACGGCCGCGGAGGCCAAGGAGCUGGGGUACCGCAUGAUGAUUGUGCCGUUUGCAGCCAUCGCACCGGCGUACGAGGCGAUUCGCGAGUCGCUGGCUCGGUUGAAGGAGACGGGCGUGGUCGGGACAAAGUCUGAUUUCUCGCCGAGGAAGCUUUUUAGCAUUGUUGGGCUGCAGGAGGCGAUGGAGUUUGAUAAAGCUGCCGGUGGGAGCUCGUAUAGCCGGGUGUGA